AUGCUUUUUCCUACCAAGUCGCACCUCAAGAGAGAGUCCAAGGCCGUUGACAAGCCCAUGACGCCGCCAAUCGCAUUCCGGCCGCCCAUGUUCUUCUCGUCGUCCUUCUCCGGCGACGAAGAUGAAGACGACGAGGACGACGGAGACGAUGAAGCCUACUUUUCCAAAACCUACGUCCCGCUGUCGAGUCUCCCCACACCACCGCCCUCCUGCCACUCCCUUGCCAGCUCCCGCCAGCAGUCUCCCGACCUCCAUUUCGCCGCUGGAGAAAUGCUCGAUCCUAGGCUGCUCGGCCCAGCAUGCCACCUCACGAAUCUGAUCCCGCCUUCAACCUCCCUAAUCACCCCCUCCGUCCUACUCGUCCAUGCCAUCCUCACCCGGGCCGCCUUACCCCUUGAGACUCUCGCUUUGGCCGUCUGCAUCCUGGAUUCCCUCACUUCUCGCUUCGCCCUCUCCUGGCGCAAAUCCCUCCCUCUCACCGUCCACCACCUGCCCCCCGCCUUUGGGACCACCAACUCCCUCGUCCCCAUCGCCGAGCAGCACACCGACGCCGUGCAGCCCGAGCUCAUCGUCCUCUGCGCCCUGAUCCUCGCCGUGAAGUUUCUUGACGACAGGCAGCAACGCACGAAGGAGUACGCGAGCCUGUGGGGGAGCAACGCCUGGACCUGCGAUCAGGUAAAUUACACCCAGAGGGUUAUACUGGAGAAUCUCGGGUAUAGGCUCCUGCCGCUGUGGGAGCAAGGUAUCAUUGCCGAGGCGGUGGGGGAUAUGGAACGCGCGGGGCGGCAGUAUAGGGAGUCUGACGGUCACUUCGACACGGAGACGAAGGGCAGGAAAGCUGUCCCGGGACUCGGAGCGCAGCUCACGCCUGCUAAGGCUGCGAAGGCGGAAAAUACCCGGGACCCGAGGGAAGAAGAGGGAGGAAGGUGUUAUUUCCGCGGCCAUGGCCAAGAUGGCGUCGGGGACGCCUGGGUGCAGCCAAUGCCGGAUAGGACGGCUGUGAGCACAGAGCCGUUCCCGGUCUAUGUCGAGCCGAACGUGACGUUUCCGAUUUCAUGA